GGGCUCCUCGUGGGUCUGCGGGUGACGCGGGGCGUGUCGGGUCUUGAAGGGUGAACAACAGGGAACAUUUCAUAGAGGGACUCGCAGGGGUGAAAGUCCAGCUCCUGGCCCUGCACAGGACACCCCAAGAGUCACCCCACUCAAGUGCCUGAGAGCAUUGUCCGAACGCUUCUUGAACUCUCUCAAGCUUGGCGCUGUCACCACUUCCCUGGGGACACUGUUGCCGUGCUCGACCACCCUCGGGGUGAAACUUUUCCAGUUCUGCUGCGCCCUCGCAGGUGUUUUCCCCCAGACUCUCCCGUGCUGGGGUUUAGGUGCCGAGCUGGGCAGGCCCGCAGGAGGCACGGUGCUCCCUCAGGGGCUCGGAGCAGCACAAGGCUGGGACAUCCGGGAGGAGAUGUCCUGGAAGGUGACAGCUUGUGCUGCUGGCGUGCGUGGCCUGGGCGUGUGCUCACAAAGCUCUCCCCGGAGAGCGGGGCAGGAGGCGGCUGCAGCCUUCGGGAAAGAGAAAAGCGGCAGGAGAGGGAGCAUAUCUGUGUGGAAACAGAAAUCGGUCACAAUCCCAACUAUCAGUUGGAAGCUUUCUGUGGUGAAAUUGCAUAGCAGAGACUCUACAAGUGAAUGAGAACUCCUCUCUACAGAACUGAGGUGAAGAACUUCACCAUGGGUCAACAGAUUUCAAACCACACACAAACCGUAAUUAACAAGUUGCCAGAAAAAGUAGCAAAGCAUGCCUCUUUGGUUCAAGAAAGUGGUUUCCUAACCUAUGAAGAGUUUCUGGGAAGAGUAGCUGAACUUAAUGAUAUUACUGCAAAAUUGGCUUCUGGACAAGACAAACAUCUGUUAUUUGAAGUGCAGCCUGGGUCUGAUUCUUCUGCUUUCUGGAAGGUGAUCGUUAGGAUAAUAUGUACCAAAAUAAAUAAAACAAGUGGCAUCGUGGAAGCUUCCAGAAUCUUGAACUUAUAUCAGUUCACUCAACUUUAUAAAGACAUCACCAGUCAAGCAGCAGGAGUUCUUGCACAGAGUGAUACUUCUGAAGAAGCUGCUGAGAGUUGGAGGUCUCUGAGUUCGUGUCAGGCCAGCUUGUGGAUGGGAAGGGUUAAACAGCUGACAGAUGAAGAGGAAUGUUGCAUCUGCAUGGAUGGGCGUGCGGAUUUAAUCCUGCCAUGUGCUCACAGUUUCUGCCAGAAAUGCAUUGAUAAAUGGAGUGACCGCCACAGAAACUGUCCUGUGUGCCGCCGGCAGGUGACGGGGGCAGGAGAUUCCUGGGUGGUGUCAGAGGCCCCUACAGAAGAUGACAUUGCCACUUACAUCCUUAACAUGGUGGAUGAGGCUGGGCAGCCCCACAGACCCUGACCCUGCCCACCAGGCUCAUCAUGGCACAACCACUUGAAGCUUUUGUUUUACCUCUCCUCACCGUUCUUCCACAGUCUGUCCUUUCCCACUCCUUGGAUGCUGUGAGUCUGCGCUGCUCUCCUAAAGCACAGGGUAUCUGAGCAAGGCUCUGUGUGUGCAGUCUUCAUUAUUAAACUGUUCUUUCAGCAAACUCCUUGAUCAUUAACACUGUUUACUUUAACAGCAGUGUUUGGUAUUAAUUAACAGUUCAACUACUCGAUGAAGCAACUUGUAACAGCACAACUACAACUGCAAACUGCUGUUUGAGCAUCACAGUCUACUGCUGCAGAGAUGAACCAUGGCAGAUGGCUUGACCUCACAGUUCCUACCCUUAAAAGCACUCCCUUAUUCACAACUAAUGUGGAUAAAGAUGAUGAGUUAGCACUAGUUGUUAUUAAUUUGAAAUUUUACUCUUGAAACUUGAAGAUGUCCCACUGCCUGUUCUUCAGUAGGAAGUUAAUGCUGCUCUUGGUGUUUACAGAUGCUUAAUCUGAUUUAUUACAACUUUUAGUAUUAAUUAUUUUAAAUCUGUUUCAGAGAGUGUAGUCAGGUCUGUAAAUGUACUUGUGCACUUCCCUUAUUCUUCUAACAAGACUUAUCUCUUAGAAUAUUUUUUUAAAUAUGAUAUUUAGCAUAGUCUUAAUAGCUUGGAAAUGUUAAACAGUUUCAUACACAAUCCUAAAAGCAGUAAAUCAGCUUGACAGUAGCUUUUGAUAAAGAACACCUAAAAUUAUUUCUAAACAUUGGGCAUAUAUGAAGAGAAUGCCUUUAUUUGAAUUGGCAUUUAAAUGUGUAGUUUAGUCUGAUGCUGUGGUUUUAUUUGCUCCCCUUGAGUUUUUGAAGUGAUGAGAUCAGAGUUAAAAGGUAUAUGAAGAGUUGCAAGUGAUAAUCUAAGUAAGGGUGCUCUACUUUCUAUCUACAAGUGCAAUAUGCUUUUAUGUAGCAGAGGGAAACUUCUUUAACAGUGAUGUGGAUUGGAGUGAGAUGUGCAUGUGACAGCUUGGAAAAGGGAUAUCACAACUGGAGUGCAGCAGUAUUUUAUGUCUAGGAGAAUAAAGUCUUUAAAGAGCUGAGUUUAGACAGUCUAAAACUGGUAAUAUUUGGGAAACCCAUCUUAAACCUCUUGUGCAUAAAUAGUGUUAUGGAAAUGAAUGGCUACUGUAGAGAAUUAAUUUAUAAAUAU